CCUGCCUCUAAAAUGAGUCUCUCUGGGGAGAGAAAGGAGGGUGACCCUGCCUCUAAAAUGAGUCUCUCUGGGGAGAGAGAGGAGGGGGGCCCUGCCUCUAAAAUGAGUCUCUCUGGGGAGAGAAAGGAGGGUGACCCUGCCUCUAAAAUGAGUCUCUCUGGGGAGAGAGAGGAGGGGGGCCCUGCCUCUAAAAUGAGUCUCUCUGGGGAGAGAGAGGAGGGGGGCCCUGCCUCUAAAAGGAGUCUCUCUGGGGAGAGAAAGGAGGGUGACCCUGCCUCUAAAAUGAGUCUCUCUGGGGAGAGAGAGGAGGGGGGCCCUGCCUCUAAAAGGAGUCUCUCUGGGGAACAUGACACCAAAGCUAAGAGUCCAAUCAAGCAGGAGAGACCAGCCUCCCCUGUUCCCAGCUGUGUGUCCAUGAAGAGUGACCGGUCUAUGAAGCAACCUUUACAGUUUAGAGAGGGAGACUUUUCUACUGAACAAAGAAACCAACAGGAGAGAUCAGAGUCAGAGAUUCUCAGUGGUCAGUCUUCCCAGAGUCAUCAAACAGACCUGGACUCCAUAUUCAGUAUGCUUGAAGAUAAAAUUAUGACAUUUGUGAAGAACGAGCUGAAGAUGUUCAAGAGGAUUCUUAGUCCAGAACUCCCAGAAGGCUUUGAGAGUCAGAAACGGGAUAAGGAAGUGGUGGAUGCUGAAGAUGAGAAGCAGGAGAGCAGUGCCAGAGAGGGGGCUCUGAAGAUCACACUGCACGUCCUGAGGAAAAUGAACCAGAAGGAGCUUGCUGACACACUGGAGAAAUAUGAGCUCGCUGUGAUUUGCCAACGUGAACUCAAAUCUAAUCUACAGAAGAAGUUUCAAUGUGUAUUUGAGGGGAUCGAUCAACAAGGAAACCCAACACUUCUCAAUAAGAUCUACACAGAGCUCUACAUCACAGAGGGUGGAACAGGAGAGGUCAAUAAUGAACAUGAGCUGAGACAGAUUGAGACAACAACCAGGAAACAAGCAAGAUCAGAGACUGCAAUCAAAUGUAAUGACAUCUUCAAACCCUUAACUGGACAAGACAAACUUAUCAGAACUGUGCUGACAAAGGGAGUCGCUGGCAUUGGAAAAACAGUCUCUGUGCAGAAGUUCAUUCUGGACUGGGCUGAAGGAAAAGCAAAUCAGGAUGUCCAAUUUGUAUUUUCAUUCCCUUUUCGGGAGCUGAAUUUGAUGAAAGAGGACAAACACACUUUCAUUGAACUUCUCACAGAGCCAUGAAGAAACAGUCAAGUACAUCAAGGAGAAGAUCGGGGAGGAUCUCUCUCCAGAGAGGAGCAUCAAUCUGUUCCACUGUCUGAAUGAACUGAAUGACCAUUCUCUAGUGGAGGAGAUCCAAAGCUACCUGAGAUCAGGAAGUCUCUCAAAACCCAACCUGACACCUGCACAGUGGUCAGCUCUGGUCUUUGUGUUGCUGACUUCAGAAAAGGAGCUGGAUGUGUUUGACCUGAAGAAAUACUCCAGAUCAGAGGAAGGUCUUCUGAGGCUGCUGCCAGUGGUCAAAGCCUCCAGAGCUGUUCUGCUGUCAGACUGUGGAGUCACAGAGGAAGGCUGUGCUUCUCUGGUCUCAGCUCUGAGGUCAAACCCCUCACACCUGAGAGAGCUGGACCUGAGCUACAAUCACCCAGGAGACUCAGGAGUCAGACUGCUCUCUGCUGGACUGGAGGAUCCACACUGCAGACUGGAGAAACUCAAGUAUGUAGAGGGUUUAUGUCAAUGUUCAUAUCAGACAUGUUGGACUUAUCAGGCUGGUUAAGACAAACAUUCUUACCAACACUUGACAAAGUUAGAUACUGACACACUGGACUCACACACAAAGGAAACACAAACUAGACACAAACACACACACAAUGAACACACACAUACUCACAGGACAUUCUUACCAAUGAUUGACCCUGUGUGUGUGUCCAGUGUGCAUGUGUGUGUGUGUCCAGUGUGUGUGUGUGUGUGUGUGUGUGUGUGUGUGUGGGUGUG